CCCGGUUCUGCUGGGAUUAACACAAUCCAGAAAAAAAUGAGGGUUUUGUUUUCUUCCUUUGUAUUUUGUUUUAAAUCAAUCACCGUGAAAAAGCAGGCUAAUAAAACAGGUUUUUUCCCCCUGUAAUAAUAAAGUCAUUGAAGCAGAAACCGGACAGAGAAGCCUCUGUCACAGGAACAUUGGGACUCCAGGGGCCUUGGCUUCAUCUCUCUUGGCGCUGCUGCUGCUGGGGCAGGGAAUGGCCUCCUCCUUCUCCCCUCCCUGCUCUGGGCUGCUGGAGAAGCUCUUCCAGUACAUCGACCUCCACCAGGACGAGUUUGUGCAGACCCUGAAGGAGUGGGUGGCCAUUGAGAGUGACUCUGUGCAGCCGGUGCCUCGGCUCCGACAGGAGCUCUUCCGGAUGAUGGCCUUGGCUGCAGACAAGCUCCGACAGCUGGGAGCUGGAGUGAAUUCUGUAGACUUGGGCUCUCAGCAGAUGCCUGAUGGGCAGAGUCUUCGCAUCCCUCCCACCAUACUGGCUGAGCUGGGAAAUGAUGCCAAGAAGCCCACGGUAUGCUUUUAUGGGCACUUGGACGUGCAGCCAGCCCAGAGAGAGGACGGCUGGCUCACAGACCCCUAUACACUCACAGAGGUGGAUGGAAAACUCUACGGCCGGGGAGCAACAGACAACAAGGGCCCUGUGCUGGCCUGGGUUAAUGCUGUGAGCGCCUUCCGAGCUCUGGGACAGGAUCUUCCCGUGAACAUCAAGUUCAUCCUGGAAGGGAUGGAAGAAGCUGGUUCUGUUGCCCUGGAGGAACUUGUCAAAAGAGAAAAGGACCGUUUCUUCUCCAGCGUGGACUACAUUGUGAUUUCAGACAACCUAUGGAUCAGCCAGAAGAAGCCCGCGCUCACUUACGGAACCCGUGGGAACUGCUACUUCAUGGUGGAGGUAAAGUGUGGAAAGCAAGAUUUCCACUCAGGCACCUUUGGUGGCGUACUCAACGAACCAAUGGCUGACUUGGUUGCUCUUCUAGGUAGUCUGGUGGACUCAUCAGGCCACAUCCUGAUUCCUGGAAUCUAUGACCAAAUGGCUCCUAUUACAGAGGAGGACAAAGCAAUGUAUGAGAAUAUUGAUCUGGACCUAGAAGAAUACCAGAAGAGCAGCCAAGUUGAGAAAUUUCUGUUUGAUACCAAGGAGGAACUCCUGGCACACCUGUGGAGGUACCCAUCUCUCUCUAUCCAUGGCAUCGAGGGUGCGUUUGAUGAGCCUGGAGCUAAAACAGUCAUCCCCAGCCGAGUUAUAGGAAAGUUUUCAAUCCGACUGGUCCCGCACAUGAGUCUGUCUGUGGUGGAGACACAGGUGAAACAACACCUGGAAGCCAUGUUCUCUGAAAGAAACAGUUCCAACAAGAUGACCAUCUCCAUGGUGCUAGGACUCCGCCCAUGGACGGCAAACAUCAAUGACACUCAGUACCUCGCAGCACGAAGUGCCGUCAGAACAGGUGCAACUACAUCCAGGGGUCCAAAUUACUUGCCGCUUUUUUUCUGGAGCUGUCAAAGCGGCGCUCAUGACAGCAAGUACCUUCCAGUGUGCUCCGGCACAACUCCCCCAUCAGGCCCUGGGCAAAGCUGGAAACAGAAAACGUGGAUCCAGUGACGUAUUUGUUCCUUCCCAUUUCACAUGUCUUGGGACAUUUGGACCAGAAAUAAAACAUUUGAAAGGUAGCGAUGUUGGAAAUGGUUUACUAUUCCCUCUGUCCCUCACCUUUUUACAGUCACAGCCACCUGGACCUUCACUCCCCCAAAUCCAGUGCCACAGGCUGAGACUGGGUUGGUAACAGCCCUCUAACA